AAUUGUAAAUAUAGUGCUAAGUUCAGAUCUAUUGAAAAGGAUGCACUAAAUAACAUCGAAUUUUAUACAAAAAGUGGAAAUCUUUUGAUUACUGUACAAUGUCAAUUAUUAAGAGCAAAGUAUCCAGAUGCAACCUUUUUAGACAUGGAUCUUGCUAACGCUAUUCAAUAUUACAAAGUAAAAUCUCGAGAUCUUGAAGCAAAUGCUUCACAUCUUCUAUCAUUUCUUACUGAAAAAUGUUCAGAAUCAGGUUGGAGUGUUGAAUUCGAAUUAGAUA